AGCUGUCGAGGCUAGGGUGGCCUAUCGAGGCGUUUUUGGUAUCCGUCCGUCAAUCGCAGCUUUAUUCUCAGUAUUGCGAAAUUUUUAAAUGGACGAUGAUGAAAUCUGCCAAGACGUCAAAGAAGUCGCAGAUUACAGUUCUCAGUAUGGCAGUUACAACAGCAUAUCGUACGUGGCACUAAAUGUAAUCGGAGCGCCUGAGGUCUUCCCGGAGUACGGAGACUACUCGGAGACGUUUUCAGCGCGCACUUACGGACCAUGGUGGCUUCUGUAUUCGAUAUCCGACAGGAACUUUAAAACCAUUCUGCCGAAGGAAAGGUACGUCAAGAGCCAAGAUUACGUUGAGCUGCAGUAUGAACACCUCGUGCAUCCACUCACCGUCACUGUUUUUGAGACCUACAACCCUGGGAGCGUUGUGAGAAUAUUGGCCUUUGAUCGUCUCAAGAACAGAUGGAAGGAGCUGUGGGUGGGAAAGCCCACAAAAGGCGCCGAGGCUUGUGCCUGGCCAAGGCCAUUGCCAAUGGAGAACAUGUUUGCUACCAGGGCUCUGCGACUUGAGUUCCACCACGCUCACCUUGACUACCAUGCCCAAAUUGAUGCGGUGCUUCUUGCGGGACUCCUAAAGAGGCCAGAGCCUCCGGUUUGUGAAAGUGAUGAACAGAGCAGUGCAGCAGCAGUUACAACACGGUCAAGUUGCAAACAAGAAGCAUUCCUCCCAUCGAGCACUGGAUUCCACUCACUACCGCAUGAACUCAUGACUGAAAUUUUUCGCUAUCUUGAUCUCCUGUCUAUAUGUAGGCUCUCUGGAACUUGUAAGCUCUUUUGGAAGGUCUGCUACGAUCACAUAUUUUACCGUUGCCUGGACCUUCAGCCGUACUGGGAAAAGAUUGAUGACAAUGCUCUAGAUGCCCUUCAGAAGCGAUGUGCAACAUUGGAGAAACUCAACCUCUCAUGGUGUGGCGCUGGAGGAUACCUUUCUGCGGAAGCUUUUGUGAGUUUCAUGGAACUGAGGGGAGAGCUUCUACAGUGCCUCUGCCUGUCCUCCUGCCCAUUCGUUGACAACGAGUGUCUCAAGGUCAUUGCAGAUUACUGUCCCAACCUGACAGAACUGGAACUAAAGGGUUGUUGCAACCCCCUGCUAAAUAGGCUUGGAUUCCUUCAAAUAUCUCACUUGUCAAAGCUAGUCUGGCUUGACCUGUGUCGGACUGAAAUUGAGAUGUUCUCUCUCAUCUCAAUCAUCAGGAGUUGCAGUAAGCUCGAGCACCUGUCCCUCGGCAGCUGUCCCGUUGUGAACAACUAUGACGACAUUGCCCUAGAGAUCGGCAUGUACCUGGGAAACCUCAGAAGCCUGGACCUUUACCGUGCAAGAACGCUGUCCGCUGUUGGUGUAAAUCUGUUUGCCCGAUCUUGUCCACUUAUUGUCAGCCUCGACCUUGGCUGGUGCACUAGCAUUGAGUCGGGAUGCAUCCAGGAACUUGCAAGAGGUUGCCCACAUUUGAAGAGACUGCUGCUGACUGCUGUCCGCGUCCUUUGCGACUCGGACCUUUUCGCUCUUGCGACGCAUUGCCAUGACCUUGAACACCUAGACAUUCUAGGAUCUGCAGAGGCAAGCUCAUCUGGAGUCGCUCACGUGCUCAAUGUGUGCAAGCAGCUGAAGAUUCUCGACGUGUCCUUCUGCUUCAAUAUUAGCCUCGAUUUUGUGCAAGAAUGGAAGAGGCUGUACCCCAAGGUGCAAAUCAAGAGGAGUAUCUCGGACGCUUUUAGAUGACACGCCACUCCCUCUAAGCAAAUUUAUUGUGUAUAAAUUAACAUCAAAUUUUUGUGAGCAGUAAUCACUCGAAAGCUUGUACAUAAUUUGUUUCUGUAAAAUGGAUUAUGUCAUGUAAAAACAUGAAGUUUUCAUGGGUGUUGCGUUACAUUGCAUAAUAAAAUGCAGCGCUGUCUAUCUAGGUUC